ACUUACAACUGCAUACCCUGUGGUACUUCAAAAGGGUGCGUAGCCCCAUUACAAUGGUGUGAUGGGAUACCGCAGUGUGCCAACGGCGAGGAUGAAGAAUGCUUUAAGUUAACGAGAUCAGAUUUUGUGCUUUAUGCAAGGGAUAAAGCUUACGGCUGGAGACCAGUGUGCCAUGAUGACUGGAACGAGGAUGGCGCAAAGCAAGUCUGUAAGACGAUGGGAUACCACAGCAAAAGCUGUCAGUCUGGACUGGUGGUCACUAUACGUUGCAUAGAAUGUGGAACCCGCAAGUCCUUCACAAACACUUCAGGACGAAUAAUAGGAGGGACACCAGCUGCUCGCAGGGAAUUCCCAUGGCAGGUCUCCCUUCAAGUGAAAAACAGGCACAUCUGUGGAGGCUCCAUUGUCACAUCCUACUGGAUAGUUACAGCAGCACACUGUGGGGAAAGGUUUAGAUCUGCAUUCUACUGGCGUGUGCAUGCUGGCGAAGUAUUGCUAUCAAGCAUGUAUCCGAUAUUUGGUCACAAAGUACAAAAAUUUAUCUGGCACGAUAUGUACGACACACAGACGAAAGACUAUGAUAUAGCCCUCAUGAAACUUCUAACUCCUUUCACAAUUUCAGAUAAAAUAAGACCAAUCUGUUUACCAAACUAUGAACAAAUAUUUCCUACGGAUUCAGAAAGCUGGGUUACUGGCUGGGGAGAUGCAGAAGAAAGAGGUACUCUCUCUGAAAUCCUACGGAAGGUCAAAGUGCCUUUAAUUAACAGUGAAGACUGUAGAAGCAAGUAUUUUCCAGCCCUCUUGCCUCGUAUGAUUUGUGCUGGCUACCAGCAAGGCGGAUUUGAUGCAUGUCAGGGUGACAGUGGUGGCCCUCUAGCAAUCCAGCAGAACUCCAUCUGGUGGUUAGUAGGUUCCACAAGUUGGGGUUACGGAUGUGGCAGAGAAAACAAACCAGGAGUAUACAUGAAGAUCGCAUCGGUUCGGAGGUGGAUUUACCUGCAAAUGAAGCUCAGAAAAGGCCCUUUCAGCCAUGCCCCCCCCCCAGCAACCUCUAGUUUAAUCCUAGCCUAAUCGUGGGACAAUUUACAACCAAUACAUCUUUGGACUGUGGGAGGAAACCAGAGCAUCCGGAGGAAAUCUACACAGUCACGGGGAGAACAUACAAUCUCCUCACAGGCUGUGGUGAGAAAUGAACCUGGGUCGACUGUACUGUAAAGUGUUGUGCUAGCCACUACACUACCAUACUGCUCCACUGAUUAUACUCCAGUAAAGGACCUUCACUACACCAAGAACUUGGUAAAUUCAAGAUGCUAUAACUGGAGCUAUCAUAUUUAUAAUGGGAAAAAGCACAAAAAUGUAGCUUUUGAAAAUCUGAAAUAAAAUCAGGAAAUGCUGAAAAAUUCAGCAGAUCUGGUAACUUCUGAAGAAAGAGAAUCCGAGUUGAUGUUUCAGAUCAAUAAUUUUUCAUCAGAACUGGACAUAACUGUUAAGAAUUCCCGAAUGAGGCUUUAAAUGACCACUUCCAGGAAUUUGUUUUAUUUUGGUCUAAAAUGGCAUUUCAGAAAUGAGAGUGAUCUCUUCAAUAUUUCAAAACUCUCAUGGGCUGAUUGAUGACUUGACUUAAAUGUUUUUAUAUUGUGGCAUGUUUUCAACUUCCCAUGUGAUUGUCUAAUUUCAGAAAUAUUGAUGAAGGCUGUUAGUUCCGGAAGCAUAUCUCAGAUACGUUAUCCCAUUUCCAAAGUAUCUGGCUUCCUUGGCGAUGCACACGUCUCCUUACCCAGCUCUGAAAGAUCCACUGCGUGCGAUCUAACUUUGUGCUAAGCUUAAGGAUUCAAGAGUGAAUAAGAAUCUCCUUAUUUAUCUGACGUGAUCAAAUUACAACCGGUGCAUCUUUCAGUACAUCAGAUGACCAACUGGAUUGGUCUAAUUACUGAUUUGAGUCAAACCCAGCGUCACCAGAUUGAAUAAAGUAAUAAAGUACAGUUGAUGU